GAGGCGGUAACGCAGCAAAUCAAAUCGCACGCGAAGAAGAUUGCCAAAAGGAAGCUUUCGUUUUUCUUUCUCAUCCCCUUCUUUUUUGAGAAUCUAGAGUUGUUUUUGGAUAAGCUACGACUACUUCAGUUGACCGGUCAAAAAAACUAACAAAACCGAUUUACGGUGGACGUUGAAUUCUCAAGAGAAUUCGCUCUACAGCUUCCCACUAAACAGAAAGUUGCUACCUGCGUUUGAGCCUGUUAGAAGUGACAUCUAUCGACGAGUCUUUAGAAAUACUGGGUGUUCAUCCUGGCCUUGAUAAAGGGGGAGUAAUCACUUUUAAAACAUCAGUAUUGAGAUGGCAUUUUCUGAAUUGCGUGCCAGCACCUGAAACAAGGCAGGCCAUACAUAACGAGGUUUACAUCAUUGUAUUAUGCUCAAAUGUCACAUUUUCUUACAGAGUUGGGGAUUUGAUUUAAUAGAAAAUCAAAGACUUUUUAAUGAUAGAUUUUUAAUCCUUCUUUUGGAAUUUUACUUUUUUUGGAAGUUGGUAAAGUUUACAUUUUAGAAACACUGUGAGCAGUUGUGGCUUUUUUAUUAAAUGCAUAUGGAAACUUGGCCUUGUUUUAUAGCAGCUGAAGUGAGUGUUAAAUGGACAUUAUUUCCUGGAAAAUACUAAUCAAAGCUAUUAUAUUUUAAUAUAUAUGUUUGAACAUCUCGCAUAAUAUAUACCAUGCUCUCUGUUUACUAAACGAUUGAACUUUACCUCAAAAGAGGCUACAUUUUGCUUUGUCAUGAUGGCUUACUCAAUGGACUACAUGCAAGAAUUAGGUGGAGGAGAUGCCUUCAUCUGCACAGAGUGUGGUGAAGGGUUUAGUCAGUAUCCAAAACUAGUUGAACACAUGGCCAUUCAUGGACUUAAUGACAUAUUUUCCUCUGAUGGAUUAAGCAUUAGUAAUGGUAGUUGUAUCAAUGCAUCAAUUGAGGUCGCUCUCCAUGAAAACGGAAUGCUCACAGUGGUUGACCGUUCUGUGUUGUCUAACUUUACAUUCUUGUUUGGAAAACCGUCAUCCAAGUCAUUAUGGUGCCAACCCCCUAAUCAAGAAACCAUGACAUCAUCUAAGAUACCAGAGAAGGUGUAUACUUAUUUUAAGUGUGAAAGAUGUGGACAAUUGUUUAAAACUCCAAAGAGCUUACAACAGCAUCAGCAGUAUCGUGCUCUUGAACAGGGCUUCAAAUGCACUCUGUGCUGCAAGGUGUUCAAUGACCGAGAGUCUCUGCAGAACCACCUUCAAAACCAUGCUCAUGAACGCUUUUAUAGCUGUGGACGCUGUGGAAAACGAUUCUUAAGACAAGAGACUGUACUGUCACAUCAGAAACAGUGGCAUGGAUCUAUUGGUUCCAAGACUUUGAGUAGAACUGAGGAAAAUCAAGGAAAUAAUAUAGACAGGUCUUAUCCUUGCAAAAUUUGUGGCUUGCGUUUCUUUUGGUUAUCUGACUUGCAGAGCCACCUAAACAGUCAUUCUCGUGUCAGCAGGCCAUCCGGUGAGGUAACACAGAAACAGGAAAUGCUUGCGGAAGAAGAAACUAAGAAAAAUGGCAUCAAUUCGGUUCAAGAGCCAUGUCGUUGUGGCCUGUGUGGGGAACCUUUCAACCAAAUUGCAGAUUUAAGAGAGCAUCAUAAAUCACAGCAUCCAGAUAAGGUGGAAGUGAAGGACUCUUCAGGUUUACCAUCUAAGCUGAAACAGCAGUACCAUGGUGUAAUGCGACAGAUGGUUACAAAACAGCAAAAGCUGCGAGCUGAUCCACUAAGGCCAAGUAUAAGAGGAAGACCUAGAGGCAUGAACAGAGGCAAUUUUAGUAAAAUAUUUUCCUGCAAACUUUGCCAUCGGGUUUUUGUACACUCAAGCAGUCUCUCUCGUCAUAUGCGUUACCAUAAGGGAACUCUGCAUGCCUGUGUUUAUUGUGGAAGACACUUUCCACAAAGAUGUGAUGUUACAAGGCAUGUAGCCAUGUACCACAAUUCUGUGCUUCAACCUAAGGCUCCUGGGGAGUCAAAGACCGAACAUGAGGAUAAUGAUUCUGUGAAAGUAUCGACACAAACAAACAGUGAUGGUCAACCAGAAGAACUUGAAGAAGAAAAUCAGCCCACAUCCAAGACAGAACAGGACCUGUUACUUGGUUCUCCCUAUAAAGGAACUUACAAACCAAGGAUGAAGUACAAAUGCAAAGAAUGCUGUAGAGUCUUUGGUCUACUUAGUGUUUAUCGGCGGCACGUAUAUUAUCACAAGCGAAGUCCUUGCAAGGUUUUGCUCAGUUGCCCUCUCUGUCCAAGCCGCUUCACAUUCCUGUCUGCUUUAGAUCGCCAUCUUGAAUAUCAUCAUAAAGGAGAGUCUGAAAAUGAUGGCACAAAACCUCUUGAGACUAAUGUAGUUGAUUCCAAAAGUCAACAUGGAGAUGCUGAAAAGCCUGAUAAAAAUGGUGAUAAUGGCAUGUCAUCUGUACUAAAUGAUUCAACUGAAUGUUCUGAGACGUAGAGAUCCACAAAAUGGCCAAAAGUAUAUGGACACCCUUACCUAAUGAACAGGUUUGGCUAUUCCAGCAAUUUUAGUGAAGAUAUAUGUAAAUGCUUGACUCUAAAAGGGAAUAUUAAGCUCUUUCAAUUUUGUUUCAAUAACGAGGGGCCUUUUUCUAUUCCUGCAUGGCAGUGAUACUUUGUACAAAACAAUGCUCUACUGUUUCAGAUAUUGAAGAAAGCAAUGAAUGGCAUGCACAGAUCCACUACUGAUUACCUUUGGGAUGGAUUUCGCUUGAUUUUAUUGCCUGACUGUCUUGAUGCUCUUAUGUCUCUUGGGGUCUCGUUAUAGCAGCAAAAGGCGUGAUUAAUGCCAUACUUAUGAAAAUAAACUGUUAUAUAUAUAUAUAUAUAUAUAUAUAUGAGCAUCAGAGAAUAAUUUACACCAAAGGCAUCUAGAUCUUCAUGCAAACCAACACUGUCCUUUUGGAAAAGAAAACACCAAAUACUUCAAUAAGUUAUUAAAAAUUAAGGUGUUAUGAUUACAAUUCUGCUUAGAAUGCCUGAAGAAAUGCCUUCCUAAUAAUUUAUCAAUAAAAGAGUGUCCACAAUGAAGAUAUAAUGUAAAUCAGUAGAGUUCUCAGAAUGCCCGUAGUAAUUAACACACUUUUUUUAUUUUUUUUUUUUUUUUUAGAUUUUGAGUGUUGUACUUCUGUAGCGUUUGGAUCAUCGGAUGUACCAAAUGAAUGCUGUUGUCUCAUGUAUGUUGCAUAUGUUGUAUAUAAAAGUGUUUCCUUCCAAAUUCCCAUUUGCAUGUUCCAAUUUUUGGAUAAACUAUUCAAAUUUUUUAUUCAAAGUAGGUGUUGAGAGAGUAUGCAUUUACAAACCAAAGGGUCCUACAUUUGUCUAAUCAUCUGAUGAAUUUAAAGUAAAGCAAAACUUGAGUCAUUCAUGGUUCAAUAUAUUUAUCCGCACC